AUGGAUUACGCUUUCCAGUGGGUUAUCAGCAAUGGCGGGAUCGACACCGAGGCCGACUACCCCUUCACCGACGUGACGGCACUUGUGAUGCCAACAAGGUCGGUACGGUACUGUCAUGAUAUAAAUAAAAAGAAGGUUGUGUCCAUAAAUUCGUACAAGAGGGUGUUGCCAGCCAACAAUGAGAAGGCGUUACAGGCGGCGGUGGCCAAUCAGCCUGUUAGCGUCGCCAUCGAGGCAGUCGGCCGUUCGUUCCAGCUCUAUAAAUCGGGUGUCUUCGACGGCGUAUGCGGGGCGAAGCUAGACCAUGGUGUCACAGCGGUGGGCUAUGGCAGCGAGAAUGACAAGGAUUACUGGAUCGUGAAGAACUCGUGGGGCGCUAGCUGGGGCGAGGCCGGCUACAUCCGCAUGAGGUGCAACAUGGCCGUGUCCACAGGCAAGUGCAGCAUCGCCACAGAUACCUACUACCCAGUCAAGAAUCGCCCCAGGGCGGAGUCGGCGGACAGGACCGCACAGUCUGUGCUAGAGCUAGAGAUGGUUCUGGUGUAA